UCGGCGUUGGGGUGAACGCGUCUUUGCCAAAGCUGAUAGCCGGCGGAAGACGCAACAGAGCUCGGGCGGAGGGCGACAGGAGAGGCGAUGGACAACCUGGGGUUGAUGUGGGAGAUCAUGGGGCCGGGGAUAGCUGGCGCCGUGUUCGGCGCAGGGUGGUGGUUCUGGGUUGACGCCGUCGUCUGCAGCGCCGUCAAGAUCUCGUUCCUACAUUACCUCCCCGGAAUUUUUGCGUCGCUUGCGGCUCUCAUGUUCAACUGCGUCGACAAGAAUGAGAUCGGCUACGAUUACUACUCACCUUAUGGAGAGACCGAAUGGAGGGUGAAGCUCUGGCUUUUUGUGGCAUAUGUUGUGUCAUUUGUUUCUUUAGCGGGGGCAGUAGGCCUGCUUGUUCAAGAUGCUCUCACAGAGAAGAGCCCCUCGGUGUGGACUGGAGUUGCUGGUGUUUUGCAGUGUGUGUUUGUUUUGAUAAGUGGGCUGAUAUAUUGGACUUGUCAUUCCGAAGAUUAAGUGGUAAGAUCAAGAAGAAUGUUUGUGCUCAGGUCUGCAAUAACAUGGAUUUUUCUGUGGGAAGCCCUCCUUUCAUGAGUAAUUAAUGUAGAAUAUACAGUCAAAUGGUUUACGUAGAAGUACUUUGCAUCUAAAGAGUUUGAUUGUUUGCAUACGUGUGUAUGUGUAAUUGGAUCUCUAUAUGUUACAAGCUAACUUGCAAUUUGAAAUGCUGCAAGUGUUGCCCUUCGAUUA